AUGGCCCUGUCACGGCUGCCCAAGGAACUCCGCUUGCACAUCUGGGCCCUCGCAUACUUCAACGAGCCGCCUCGACUCGUGGCGCUGGAAACGAAGCCGCACGAUCAGGGGCACGACGAGCAGCUCUUCUGCCCACGCCACUGCCCCAGUCCGGCCCCCACGGUGGUCAAUCUGUGCCAAGAAGCGCGUGCAGAAGCCCGUUAUCAGGCCAGCAAGGCAAACCACAUUGUGCGUCUCUCCACGGCCCUCGCAGACAGCCGCUGCGAGGACUUCUACUUCCGCCUGGACACGGACAUACUGCUCCUCCAGCUCGAAGGACCGCGGGUCAAGCACUUGGACGACUCGCCAGAAGUCGGCUUGCUGGCCCACUUCCACGUUGCCACGGGCUGCGACCCAACCCGCCUGCAGGCCGUUGCCAUAACCAAGGUCAUCCUCAACGGCUUCCGCGAUGGCAGCCUCUCUAACGUGUUGCGCAAUUUCCCGCACAUCUCGCGCAUGAUCAUGAUGCUCACUGAAGAAAUCUGGAACAACGACAUGGAAAAGGAGCUGUUUGUCCGUGCCGCCGCAAGGAUAGUCCGCAUGUACAAAAUCGAUCUCAUGAACCAUGCCCGCAGCCGGGGCGAGACGUUCAAAGCACAUGCCUUCGACGUCGACUUUGCACGGCUCCGCAACGGCCGCCUGGAUAUCGUCCCCAAGCAUGUGUGGAGAGAGUGGAGCGACGGAGGCGACGAGUGGGCGACGCUAGACAACUCCGAACCCUUUUGGUAGCGCGUGGAUUGUUGAAU